UCGCACGGCCACCAAAUAAAUGCCGAUCCCCGGCGAACCAGACAUCCAACAGCCCCGUUCGACACAUCAAAAAAUCCGCGACAACAUCACGGAUCGAUUGGUGUACUCAGCGGGCCUGUAAGUCCAACAGAAAAAUUUUCCGACAAGGGCCUUCGCGACCCCGCUUUAGGCUAGGUAGCCAUGGCGAAAAGCAUCCCAGACAGCUGGGACAUGGAUCAAGACCCGACCAACAACCCUCAACAAAAAAGGAAGGGGUCAAGCUCACCAACUCAAGCGAGCAAAUCAAAGAAGAAGCCGGUCAACACCCCCAACGUUCCGACCAACAUCGACCCAGAAAGUCUCCUCGGCGCCGCCGCUGACGCCACAAAGUACGCGUGUGAACUGGUUGAAGGACUCGCCGAAGAAUACCAUCACGAAGAUGAAAUCGGGCCAUGCCUGAACAAAGUUGCCAAAGCCCUUGACCUGGUAUGCAGGGCACUGCUCCAGCUGUCUAAAGAACGGCACGCCGCAUCACAAAACUGCAACCGAAAAAAAGUGGAUGCCGAGACCAACACUGAAAUCGCACUACCAACUCCGCAACCGCCCCCAACUCCACAUGUCCCCGGAAAAAAGCAGAUGACGAAAUCGGCCAAACAAAGACAACGAUACAAGAACGCCAAAAUCAAAAACAAAAACGACGAAAGGACCCCGACUCACGCCACCCCGGCCGAGAAGCCGACGACCUCAGGAGAGGCAAAAACAAUCUACCCGGAACAAGUCGAAGAACCGUUCACUGUAGUGGACAGGACCGCAAAAACGAAAAUUCCCCCCAGGACCCAAACGGCCAGGAAAACGGUGCAGAGAUCUGCGGCCGUCCUGGUCAAGGUCCCUGAAGGCCGGACUUACGCGGACACUCUUCGCGCGGUGAGACAAACGGACAUCGACUUUGAGGGCAUGGGAACCCACGUGACGUCGAUGAGGAAGACCCGAAACGAGGAUCUGCUGGUCGAACUGACCAAGGGGGCCAAGGCCACCGCAGCUACUUCUAUCAUCCGUGACAAGCUGGCGGAAAACAUGUCCGGAUCCGUGGUCACCAGACUACGCCACACAGCCGAAGUCGAGAUCACGGACCUCGACGAAGUGGCAACAAAAGAAGAGGUCCUUGCAGCCAUCCAGAAGGCCAUACUCGGCGACGAUCUUCCCUCCGGCGAGGAGAUUAAGAUAACCGGUCUGUGGGCCACUCGGGACAGCCGACAAAUGGCCACCGCAACAGUGCCCAUCGCCAUCAGCCGCAGCCUAACCUCGAUCCGAGUCGGCUGGACGCAGUGCCGGGUCCGCCCACGCAGACCGGAGCCGGCCAAGUGCUACCGGUGCCACGGCUACGGCCACGGCACGCGGCAGUGCACCGGACCCGACCUCUCACACGCCUGCAGGAGAUGCGGGCAGAACGGACACACCGAGGCUAUAUGCACAGAGGGCGCGGACAUGUGCGUCGCGUGCGAUCGCAUCAAGUCUCCGCGCGUGCCACACAAGCCCGGCUCCGGGGCUUGCGCCGCCCGGCGGGCAGCUCUAGCAGCCAUCAAAUCCGCAAUAAGAUGA